UUGUGACAUCAGCCGUGACGUCGGCAGGCCCGCGCGUAGCCGUUACCGGUGUAGAGAAGAUGGUGCUCAUCAAGGAAUAUCGUGUGGUCUUGCCAUGCUCGGUGGAAGAGUAUCAAGUUGGCCAGCUUUUCUCUGUGGCUGAGGCCAGUAAAAACGAGACGGGUGGUGGAGAGGGCAUUGAAGUGCUGAAGAACGAACCAUAUGAGAAGGAGGGCGAGAAGGGGCAAUACACACACAAAAUCUACCACUUAAAGAGUAAAGUGCCGGGCUUUGUGAAGAUGAUCGCACCAGAGGGGGCGUUAGUUUUCCACGAAAAAGCCUGGAAUGCUUAUCCAUACUGUCGUACGAUUGUGACUAAUGAAUACAUGAAAGAUGACUUCAUGAUUAAAAUUGAAACGUGGCACAAACCUGACACAGGCUCUUUAGAGAAUGUACAUGAUCUGGAUCCCACCACAUGGAAGACAGUGGAGGUCGUGCAUAUCGAUAUAGCCGAUCGGUCUCAGGUCGAACCUGGAGACUAUAAACUGGCAGAGGACCCAGCAAUCUUUCACUCAGAGAAAACUGGCCGGGGACCUUUAGGGCCAGACUGGAAGAAAGAGCUCUUGGCUAAGACGGACACCCCUCGUAUGUGUGCAUACAAACUAGUCACCGUCAAGUUCAAGUGGUGGGGCCUUCAGACUAAAAUAGAGAACUUCAUCCACAAGCAAGAGAAGAGGAUCUUCACCAACUUCAACCGUCAGCUCUUCUGUUGGAUUGACAGCUGGGUGGAGCUCACCAUGGAGGACAUCCGCCGGAUGGAGGAGGAGACGCAGCGACAGCUGGAGGAGAUGCGUCAAAAGGGAUCCGUACGAGGCACGACGGCAGCCGAAGAGUAGCCGAAUUCUUUUUAGUAACACAAGGCAGGUGGAGAGACUCUCUUCGUAAUACUGGUCAGGUUCGAGGCACCAGUGCUGCUCACGAACAAUAAGGCUGAACUUCAAGAAUCCAACCACGACGACACUUGACGAAAGACAUCACCGCAUCCAACCAAACCGGCCAGUGGUGGCGCCGUCCUCCUCCACCAGACCGCAGAAUGACCCCGUGAUCAGUAGUACUGUUCUCACACACCUGCCGACAAGGUGGACACACUUUCACGCUCAACCUGUUUUUAGAUUCAGGCAGGUUGAUCCAGUGAACUUCCCACUUUGUUAAAAAUAUCUCGAGUUUUACUGUAUUGGUUGUGUUGUUCGAUUUCAUUUUGGCAGGCAUUGGACCAAUUCUUUGUGUUUUAGUUUGGUUUUAUCUGUUUGUAAUGGUUCAGAUCUUUAUUUUUCUUGUUUGUGUUUAGUCCCCCCCACCCCCCCACCCAGAAUCACUUCUUUUGAUUCUUUUAAAUUCCUAAUCAUGUUUUUAAUUAGUAGAUUUUUAUUUCGCAUCAGCGCAGUCCUGCCUACCAUGUCUAGUUUUUCUAGGUAAAAUGUGUGAUGCUACUGCACGGCAUGCACAUUUGUGCAAAAACACACGUCCACCUCGCGAAACCUUUUCCACGGGCGGCUUUUGCAUGAGCUCAGGCAUCUAAUCGGCUGUUUUUGAGAGGGUCUUCAUGUUCUCAAGACACUUUGCGUGAUGUAACCCUUCAGGACUCUUCAGGUUCUCCUCACCAAAAUCCAAUCUAGUUACUGGAGCAAAUCACCACCGCCGCCGCUGCUGCUUUUUCUUACGUGCUUUAGGACAGUCAAAGUGCUUUUAUAUCGCUAAUCUACCUGCAACGCCCUCAGGGUUCCCACAGUCUUGGAAAAUCCUGGAGAUGUCAGGGAAAAAUUGUGAUUUCCAGGCCUGCAAAAGUCUGUUCAUUACAAGUUUACUAACAGAAAUUAAUUCCCCUAAAUAAUUAUAAUUAAAAUUUUAAAUAAAUAGUCUCUAAUCGCUAUUUCAGUAAUGCAGUUGCAAUGCACGUGAACCGUGUUGACAUUUAAAAGCUGAAGUGUGAUAAUUCUUGAUCUUGCUAUUAUUUAAUCUAAAAUUAAAUUUAAAAAAGUCAUUUCUGAGGUGUAACUACUUUUCCAGGUGGAUGGAUCUGUUUACUGACGUGCAAACAGCAGUGACUCCUGUCUGGUAUCCUUGCGCAUAUUAUGCAAAUGUUGCUGCGGUUGUCAUGACAACAUAUUUAAAUUCGGUGUCACACAGGCACAGUCAGGAAGAGAUUCUAGUGCACAAGUCUCAUGGUUUUAGUGUGUACUUGACUUGCAUUUUUAAAUGCAUUAACGUAACGGCAUUUUUUGCCUGACAAACCUAAAAUUACCAUGAUCAACAUGCUGCACCCAAAAGAUUUCUUUAAUUAAAUCAUAAGGUAUAAAUUCAUAUAUUUAUAUAGUGUAUUUUGCAGUCUCUGCAAAAUGAUUGAUCAGAACGUGUGGGAACCCGGAGCUCUGCACAUGAAUGUGUGUGUGUGUGUAGAUGCUUUAACAGACGCUUAGGACAAAGAGGAGAACUUUGUAAAUGCAUUGUAAAGAGCUUGAUAUCUGUAUAGUUUCUAUAUCGUACCAGGUCAGAGUAUCGGGAUGUGCAGGUAGAAUAAUUCUACUUCCUGUCUUCCUCGUCUCUCGCCGUCCUGCACCAGCUCAGAUCAUCCAGCCUAACAGAAAGUGUCUCUGCUGUCUGCACUUGACCUGCGCAGUGCAGGGCUGUUUUAUCUCCUCCUUUAUUAGUAACAGGUUUUAAACGUGUACGGUUCUCUGUCCAGAGCGACAGACAGAUUGGGAUUUUCAUCAUAUAUUGUAGUCAGUGCAUUAGUUUUAAUAGUCAGGCUUUCAUGGACAGCUGACGGCCAGAGUUAGUGCCUGAUGUCUGCGAUGAAACUGCGAUCCUGUAGCACUGAUUGUCUAGUUAGAAUUGCACAUUUGUGAUAGUUUUCAAGCCUGAACGUGGCAUACAGCACGUUUCUUCUAGGUUUGCGUGUUUUGUUUCUUAACGUCCCUCUCAUUUCAAGGUCCACGAAUGUUCACGCUAUCAUGCAACCCGUCAGGUUCGGCCUCAGCGGCACCUUUAUGGCAAUCAAGAAGACGUUAUCACUUACCUGUGUCCCUCUUCUCAUAGAUCCAGCUGGGAGGAAGUCAGGUUCUGAUUUUUGCUUUUUUCAUAUGUUGUCUAGAUCAUAAUUGAGGAAUCAGUGCACUGACGUCUUUUCAGACAUACUGUCUCCAGUCUCACGGAUCGGGUGGUUUACUUUUGUACAUGGCUUUUAGGCUAGCGGGGACUGGCAAGGGUUUCAUAUAUAAUGAAUGAAUCAUAUUGUAAUCAAAGCAUAGCUGCGCACUUGGAGAAUCUACUGUUUUUUUCUUUUAUUUUUCUUGGGGAAUUACACAAUGCUGUUUUACUGUUUUGUUCUUUUUCUCUCUGAUUGUUUGUUUGAAAAUCGGGAAAUAUCAGUGAAUGUAAAAUGGUGUGCUUUUUUUUUCAUUUUUUUUUUCUUGCAGCUCUUUUUCUUGAAUUGGUUAUAAAGUUAACAAUUAACAAUAUAUCUAAUAAAUUUCGAGUCAUGCUUGGUCUUUUA